AUGUCACUCCCUAGAACCAAUGAUGAUUUGUCUCAUCUGCCAGCAUCCGUUCCUCAAAGAAGAGAACAGCUGAAGAAGAAGAAUGGUGUAACAUGGCAUUUGAGGAAACCUCAACAAGGUCCUGCGACCUUGGCUAUCAAGAAUCAUUUCAUCGCUAUGAUAGGUGAAUACGUAGGUACUGUAUUGUUCAUGAUUUUCGCUUUGGGUGGUACGAACGUGGCGAAUAUACCUACUACAUCAGUGACGGGUAGUACUACAGCGGGACAAGAUGGUACAACAGCUUCCACUGCCAAUACGUCUAAUUUGUUAUAUAUCGCAUUGUCAUUCGGAUUCUCAUUAGCUGUAAACGCAUGGAUAUUCUUCCGAGUUUCAGGAGGUCUUUUCAACCCUGCCGUAUCACUUGGAAUGGUACUUGUUGGAGCCUUAACUCCCUUAAGAGGUGCUCUUUUGACUUUUAGUCAAAUUUUGGGUGGUAUUACUGGAGCAGCAAUCAUUCAAGCUAUUACUCCAGGUACUUUGAAUGUCCGAACUACUCUUGGAGGAGGAACAAGUAUCGUUCAAGGAUUAUUCAUUGAAAUGUUUUUAACCUCAUUACUCAUGCUUGCGAUCCUCUUACUCGCUGCCGAGAAACAUAAAGCUACUUUCAUCGCUCCAAUCGGUAUUGGAUUAGCGUUAUUUGUCGCUGAAUUGCUAGGUGUAUACUACACCGGAGGUUCAUUGAACCCUGCAAGAAGUUUCGGUCCUGCUGUUGUAUUGAGGACUUUCUCAGGAUAUCAUUGGAUUUACUGGCUCGGUCCAUGUAUGGGCGCUACUAUCGCUGCUGGAUUCUACAAGAUGCUCAAAUGGCUUCAAUACGAGACUGUCCUUGGACCUGAAUCAGAUGCCGAUGAUACAGCUCCCAAACCUUUAGUCGUUGCUGCUCCUGGUUCUUCAUCAGGUGGUCAAGAAGAGAAAGCUGCCGAAUCAAAUGGAAGGACUUUAGCUGUUACAGGACCUGGUUUAGGUGAUUUACUCACUCAAGGUAAUACCCAAGCUGUAUUUGAUCUCGAAAGUAAUCCAGGACCAUACGAUGCAAGAUUGAAUAGAAUUGAAGAUAUGUUAGCCCAAUUACUUGAACAAAGACCCAGAAGAUCAAAUUCAACCUACGUAGAUGAAGAAAUUCCAUCAAACACCACAAAUGGUGCUCCUGCUACGAAGAAUCACAGUAAACCAUCAGGUGUAGGUUAUAAUGGAUCAUACCAAAAUAAUAACACGAUUGAUGAGAAUUCAAGCACUACCUCGUACAAUAAUCCUUCUCACGGAACUUUCAUCCCUACUCAAACUCAAGGUAACGAAUACGGUAAUACCCCAGGUCAUCAACAUCCACAUGUAGAUACACCUUUUACUCAUGGAACAGCGGGUGCAGGUCAAAGAGGUCACAUCGACGCGUCACCAAGAUAUUAA